AUGCUCUGGAGUCCACUUGACGAAAAAUGCCGCCAAGAUGUCACUAAUGCCACAGCUAUCGAUCCCUUCAGCCGCCCUGGCAAUGUCGUCACGGCCGCCUACUAUCACCGCUCUGCGGCUAUCCCACUCGAAUCACUGCAGCCGUUGAUCUAUAAUGCACUGUCGAGGGUGGUACUGCAAAUUCCAUCGAUGGGAGUCAUCAUCCACAACAUGGUGGAUUUUAUUCAGCUGCUUGAUGACCGGGACGAAGAGGUGGACGCGCUGGUUGAGAAACAACAGAACACAAGGUUUUCGCAACUGUCUGAGCAGGUUCCAUGCUGGCGUCUGGUUAUUGCAUACGCGCCCCGACAAAAUGCCAUAUCUGAUAUGGUAGCUUGCUUGGUAGUAGGUGCAUCCGCCAAGGAUCAGUUCUACGCGGUGGACUUCCAUCGAUCAUUCUUAGCCGCAUUGUUGCUGGUCAAUGAGGCAAAGCCAUCGAGACAGCCAUCGGAAUACCCAAUUCCUUCAGUUUCAAAACCACUGUCCGAAAUUUCUACAUCGCAGCAAAGAGGGCAAUCCAGCCAUUCUCAAUCCCAAUCUCGGUUCAAAACGGUAACACUUGGAACUACGGACACCGCCCGUCUCCUAGGAGAUUGCUUUGCCAAUAUGACGACUCUCACUAGUGUCAUUCAGGCAGUCUUCGCGGCCUCGCUGUUUACCAACCUAACCUCAGAAUUCUCCACCAUGCGGAGUGCAGGCCAGAUAUCGCCUAGUGGAAUCACGGGGAAACAGAACGCCAAACCCCGCUCUAAAUAUAUUGCAACACAUAACAGAGAAGAUGGAUGCAAUAUUACUUCCGUCUGGAAUGAAGCUCGGCGCAUCCACACAGCUUCCAAAGCUGAACUAAACAGAAAGUUGAGAAGCAACAGUCUAGUGGAAUUUUUUCGACGCAACGGAGGCCCUAGCUUGCUUGAUACGAAAGACAUCGGAGAGUCCAGGGGAAUCAGCGUUGGAGUAUCGAGCAUGGGAAGUUUCCAUGAUUCAAAAACUUCGGAAUCUCAAGAGCAGCAAGUAUGGCAAACAGGUAGAACUAUAUGCAACGAUUAUAAUAAUGAAAUCAGUGCUGCUCUUUGGAUCACAUUGGUAGUUGGAGGAGACGGGUGUUUGACAAUUGGGGUCUCUUGGUUACAAAAUAUCAUUGGGGAGGAUUGGCUUGAGCAGGUUAUCUUCACCAUGAGAAGGCUGAUUGCAGAGAUUUUGCACACCAAUGAUGCCAUAAAAAGGAAAGCAAUGAUAUCAGAGCCAGUCCCCUGGGGAGGUUCGGUGUCUCGGCUUGUUUAUAUGGUCAGGGACCUCAUGUUAGAUUAA